CUGUUCUUGCAAGCACUGAUAUACGGAAGAUUCGUCUCUAGAUUUGCUCGCUAUAGAAGGCUAGACAACUUUCUUGUCAAUUUUUCUCUCGCGCGACAAAAUGAGUCUAGGCGAGGCUUUCCGCACUGCUGUCUACAAGGAGCCUGUGAUGGUGUGGAGCCUGAUGAUUUACGGCGUCGGUAUUUCUUAUGCGGCCUUCGUCAAGCCGAGCAUGAUUGAGCCUCACAGCAAGGACCUGCCAUCUGCUCCUCCUAGCUUGAAAGAGGUGAUGGCUGGCAUCCAGGCUAAGCUCAACAACAAGUAAAUGAGCGGCUGUGGAGCUUCCAGCUUUCCGGGGGAAGUCUGGUGCUGAGCUGGGCACGGGAGCAGCACGAGGAGCGUGCCCAAAGCAGGCGUGCGUCCGCGCUCGUGCCUCGAACAGCAGCGGCCGGAAGCAGCAGCGGCCGGGAGCCAUGCUGCAGCUUGAAUGGGAGCUUUAUGGGCGCACGGACGUGUGAGAGCGCUGUACGGAGCAGUGGUAUGCUGAGUAUGGCGGGGUUCACACGGGUGAACUGCUGAUGGUUGGGGGAGGUGCGUGAAGGCGCCGACCCCUCUCGACAGCUUAUAACUGGCGGGGCUUUAGGAAUGAAGGCAUAUAGGGGUUCUAAUGGGUUUGAUGAAGGUUUUGGCUUGACCCUGCGGUGUGUCUGCGAGUGUGCAGAGGCCGUGGCCUGUAGUGGUGUGUGCUGGGGGCACGUCUCGGUUUUGAGACACUGCCAUGACACGUGUUUCAGGUGGGACAGCAGGAGGACUACCGUGUAAUGCAUGGCUGAGUGCAACUUUCAGGAACACAGAGGUUGCUGGGGUGAGGCCACAUUGCCUGCGAUACCACGCCCACGCCCUCUGUCGCGGCUGCCCAGCCAUCAUUUUAAGCGCCACGGCAACGAUGGCGAAACCGAGUAGCCAUUAGCCGGCGACUCGCCGCACUGGGGUAAUCAGGGGCUGGCAAGCGACCCAUGUAUCCA